CAUUGUACUCCAGCAGGCUGGUGCAAGUGAGAGCAACCUGUCUUUUAGACUCUCUUUAGAAAAAGAAAAAGUUCAGUUUAAAUCAAGUAGUCUAUCAGGAGCGUAAUAGGCAUAAUGUGACAUGCAUGUCAUUAAAGUUAUCUUUUAGAUGAUAAGGGUAUUUUUUUUUAAUGUCAACAGGAGGACUGCUCUGCUUAAGUGGGCUGAACCGGGUUUUUCUUCGACUUUGUUACAAAGGAGUAUCUGUCCGCUCUGCUGCAGGUGGAUAUCUGCGCUCAGGUAAUGUAACACGAAACUCAGCCAUGUGACCAAUGGCGAUUUGAAGACUAGACGAAACUAGAAAAAAAAAAAAACAACUGCUUUACAUAAAACACCAACGAGUAGCGCAGUCGAGGAUGUAGAGUCGUAUUGGAUCCUAGCUGUUUCAGAAGCACGGCUUUUGUCUGGAGAUGUUACCUCAUUUUCAUCGGACUAAUCCAUUUGUUGCCGUUUCAUUUUUGACAAGGUGAGAGGCGGAAGCGAGGAAUACACCUGCUCGAUGUUUCCCGGUUUGCUUAGAUCACCUGAAAACAACCUGAUCCAUGAUAUGCCUCUAAAACAGCUUGUUUAAAAAUUAACUUAACAAUAUGUUGUAUUUUAUUACUACAAGUUAUAAUAAUAAUACUGCUGCAAAUGAGAAGGGGUUGAACAUUAAAGCGUUUCAAUAUGCUAUUAAUAGCGUAUUAUGUUCCUGUGGUCUGAGCAGGUUUAAUGGUGAUUCAACAUCAGGCUGAAUGUGUGACUCAGUGGCUGAAUGGUGUUUCUGACUCAACCUCAGAAUAAAGAUUUAGAGUGUCAAAUAAAUACAGGACAUUUGUCUUUAUAUUUCCUACAAUGAUGUGUCUUCAGCUGUUAAAGAUGGGCCAAUAAAUCCAUCCAGUGAAUGUUGGACCCAGUGAAAUGGACCCGAGCUGAGGCCCCAAAGCCUGAGUCUGCCCUCCCUUUGCCGUGCUGGUCACGAGUAGAGAUGGCAGCGUGUCCGGAUGUGCUGGUCAUGCCUGGAGUUUUGGUCAGGAGUGUUUUACUGCUGGUACUGAGCAGUAAUCCUGUGUGGGGGAAUUCUACUUCACCUGGAAGUGACACCGGUUCUAAUAACACUGCUGGCCCCAACAUAGCAGCUAUCGUGGCCCCCACGGUCACGCUGGGCGUUCUGGCCAUAGUGUUGGCUGUGCUCGGCUGGCUCUUCUGCGUGGUGAAAAAGAGGAGACAGACUGAAGGGACGUAUAGACCCAGUGCGGAGGAACAGUCCGGUGCACGCGGCGUGGCCGCGCCAGAUGCUCUACAGUUACCAAAGGAGGAAAGACUCAUUUGAGAUUUAGUGCUUUAUGUUUUUAGAAAAUCCCGUACGGACAAAGGCAGCAAGCUUUUGCAUAGCGUUGCUCCUGUGUGAGGAGGCUCUCUGCCUCGAGCUGAUCAAUGAAAGAAAAGUCUCCCAAGGUUUAAGAGAGGACAGAUUUUAGUUUUUAUUUCAACAAGCACUGAAUGGUUCCUGCAUGGCACCAUGGAGAAAUGCACCUGGAUGUCUGGAUCUCGCCCGUUUUAAGAACAAUUGAACAUUUCAAGGAGGUUUUGAACAUUUCCUCUGCACAAACGAUGCUUCAGUAUUUUAUCACCACUAAUAAUUUUAGUUUAGAGAUGUUUAUCUUGUUUCAGUCGCCACUUACCAUGUACCAGGACUUGAAUUGAUUCAGUCUGUUAUGAAACACUUUCACUGGCAAAAUCAAUACCAAUCUUUUACCUCAAACUUAUUUUUGAUUUUGCUACUGAGUCCUGAUGAGUCCAUUUUAUCUUCAAUCAAGACAUGUGUCUUAGCCUAAUAAUGAGUGCAAUUAAACAUAUUAUUACAGUGCACAA